UAAAAUGUUUUUUUUCAGAUGCAAAAAUUUAUGAAUGACGACAGUGAGAAUGGGAAGUGAAUCUGACGGUGAAAAGUGAAGAAAAAAAUCAAAAUGGCGGGGAAAACAGUGACAAAUGUUAUAAUUGCAGUGAUCUUUACGUUUUUCCUCCAUUUUACUGUCUGCUCCUCUAGCAGGAAAUGUUCCUUUGCUCCAGAAACUGGAGCUUUGCAAUGCUCAAUCCCAGUCUUGGGAAACCAAAACUCCAGUCUGGAUUUUUCCGCAUCUAGCCUCACCCAGGCCAGUGAGCUGCUGGUUGAGUGUACACAAGACGAAAAUGCGGGAACGGGAAAACCGGUUUUCUCCAGCUUAAACUCAAACCAGUUUGGCCACCUACCCGGGCUGGGGAAGCUAAAAAUCCACGAAUGCCGGCUGAGAUCUGUGGAGCCACACGCAUUUUCAGGGUUGAGUGGUUUAGAUGAACUGGUUCUAGAGUCGGGAGGGGAGGGGUGGGGGGAGGAUAUACUUUCCAUUGCCCAACAAGCAUUUCAGGGUCUAGAUAAUCUCCAUUCAUUGAAGGUGUCUGGAGUUUAUCUGUGGACUGUUCCAGCUGGAGUUUUUUGCUCACUUCCCAACCUUCUCAAGCUUAAUCUAACAAACAACUAUUUACAGGAGGUCCCAGAUUUGGGAAUUUUGGCGGAAACUGAUGAUGAAGAAAUCUACCAAACCAAAUAUGGAUUUCAAAAUGGCGGCUCCUCGUCAUGUCUCCAUUCUUUACGAGUUCUGGAUCUUUCAAAUAACAGGAUGACCCAGGUGCCUGACUAUGGGGUCGCUAGGCUGGUCAACUUACAGGCUCUCAACCUUUCAUCAAACCAGAUAGACAGAUUGGAGGAACGUGCAUUUUUCGGACUUUCCUGCCUUAACGUGCUAAGUUUGGGAGGGAACAAACUAGCCGCCAUUCCUCCACUUCUUCUCUCACAUACACCGGACCUUAGAGAAUUGUACUUAGAGAAUAACUCCUUAACUUCUUUACCCAGGGGGUUCUUUCAGGAGAUGGAGCACCUUCUCCUUCUCAACCUUUCCAGGAAUACUCUAGGCAGUGACUGGUUGAAAAGAGAAACGUUUGCCGGAUUAGUCCGACUGGUUGCGCUGGAUCUGAGUUUUAAUCAUCUUCAGACUUUGGAUAGUUCUCAUCUUCAAGCGUUAACAUCUCUUCAGAUACUCAACCUUUCAAACAACAGGUUGAAAGUACUUGCUGAUGGCUCCCUCCGAGUUCCUAACCUCCAUAUCCUCCUGUUGUCCUCCAACCAAUUGGAGGCUUUAUCCUCCAACUCUCUGGCUGGUUUGCCUGUCCUCAGUUCCAUUUCUCUAGAUCAAAAUAAACUUAAGGAGCUUCCAGAUAACUUGUUCCUAAACACAUCAAGCAUACAGGACUUGAACCUGAGCCAGAACAAGCUGACCCACUUCCCAGAGCAGGUCUCUUCUCUUCCACUUCUCCGAAACCUGGAUCUAGGAGAGAACUUGAUCAAGGAUCUAAACACAGGGACAGAGCCAGUACUUUCAUCCCUCUAUGGGCUCAGGCUAGCCAGGAACCAGCUAAAAUCUUUAAACCAAGCUUUCUUCUCAAGAAUUCCAGGGGUGGAGAUUCUUAACCUCAGUGAUAAUCAGAUUCAGGAGAUAGAACAGAAUACAUUUGUCCAUCUUGGUAAACUGUCAGCCCUACGGCUAGAUCAAAAUCAGAUCCCAGAUAUAAACGGCCUCCUAACCGCCCAGGCCGGCCUCCGAUGGUUAAACGUGUCCUCCAAUCAGCUUCAUUGGUUCGACUUCGCAUUUAUACCUAAAAACCUAGGUGAACAGUUUUAA